CCGUAGACAGACCGUGGCCCAGACUCUGUCAUUCUUGCACUUUUAUUGCAGUUGUUUCUGUGCUGCGCCUUCCAUCAUCUCAACUGCCAACUACCAACUACCAACGAGUACCUCACAGUUCUCCCACAGAGCUCCCACAGUGCUCUCUCUGCUCUCAUCUCAGUACUGUCUCAGUACUCUCCCAGUACUCUCUCAGUACUUGUCAACACCUCUCCUACACCACCUACACCAUCUCUACCUUCUCCGUCUCUAUCCGCCACCAAUUCUCGGGUCUUGAUCUGGCCCACCCCUCUUACGAGACCGAGACCAACUCCUCUAUCCACCGUCCACUCUGUCCCUCCUCUUUAGCCACCUUUUAGCUUGAUCAGCUCUCGUCGGCAUCCGACCAUCGCCGUCUCCUCGCUCCACACCUUCCCUGGCCCAUCAUACAGUCUUCCAUUUCUUUCGCCGGACUGCCCGAUCUUGUCCCACCUGUCGUCCCUAAAUAGCUAUUCUCUGAUACACCUGUCCGCAAACCCCUCUCACAGAAAGCCUUUGCUCUUUCUCACCCUUCACUCUCCUGAGACACGGCCCAAAUUUUUCUGCCAGUUCUCAGCUUCAUGCAGGCCCGAACCAACAGUCCUCCAGAAUCGUGUGAGUGAAGAGGAGGUCGAUUUGCGAGACGCAGUGCAAAAGGGCACACAGACGGUGCUCAUCUUUGUGAACAUGUCCUACCUAGACCCCAGUCGGUCCUUAUAACCUCCCUCCCCAAACCCCCAUUGCUUUCACUCCACUGCCUCUAUAUCUGCCGGCGUCAGACUCAACGGCCAACAUGGCGGACAAGCGUAGAAGGAAAAGCCUCAGCCUCUUCCGGCCAAAGCUCGAUACCUCUCCCGCCCUCCAAAUCACCACCAACUCGUCCGAGAAGCGUCUAGACGACGACUCUAUUCCUAGCCCGGUUGAUGUCGACCAGUCCAGCCCUCGCGUCCGCCCUCGAACCCUCCAAAAGUCCAAUCGUACCUCGGUUUUUGGCUCUCUUCGAUCCCUGCAUUCGCUCGACGAGGAGGACAGGGUCGCGCUGACCCGCUCCGACUCCAAAGCCUCGUCCCUCCAUGACGACGAAUUGAUGAUGAAGGGCCUUUUUGGUGAAAGAGUCAUUCAGUACGGCGAAGUCCAGGACACUGGCGGCAACGUCUUUCGCAAACGCAACCGUUUCCUCGUCUUGACCGACACCCAUUUGAUCCGCUUCCGAAGCCAAGCCAAAGCUGUCGAGAUGUUUCCCAGCAUUCCUAGCGUCGUCACCAGGGGCCAUACUGCUCGAAAUUCCUCCGUCAGUUCCUACCAAGAGCUUCAACUUGCCGCCUACACCGAUAUCACCUCAGGUGUUUCUUUGGAACACAUCGUCUCGGUGUACAAAAUCUUCGAUGAAGGCCGCGCCUUGCACUUGAUUGAAGUCGCAUAUACCGAUGAACGUACCAGAAAGGCUUCCAUCUUGCAGUUUCAGGUCAACGACAUUCGGGAGGCUGAGGUCUGGACCGGUGCAAUUCGUUCUGCCGCCAGGUCUGCCAUCACCUCAUCCGGUCAGUCCAUCCAGGGUCAGACCCUUGAGUAUCUCGCUCGUCUUUUGGAAAAGGAUAGAGAUUACGAUCCUGAACACUUCCAUGCCUUCAAAGUCGUGCAAAGAUCCCCCACCAAGUCCGGAGUCAGAACGUCUGCAGAAGACUUGACCCGUUUCGGAUCCACACUCUGCUAUCUGGUCAUUGGUCUUCACAAUCUACAUCUCAUCCCAAUCAAUCGAUCGUCGGCAAGAUCAUCUAGCAGCUCCUUGAACGAUGUCGACUCCUCAAGAUCCUUUGGCAUCGUCACACUGUCGUCAGUCAAGCUUCGUCCCGGAGAGGAUGAUUUCCAGCUCAUCUUCAAGCGGCCCUUGGGUCAGCCGCACAUGGUCCAACUAGCCUCUCUCCAAGUCAGCAACAUUGCCCUGUUGCUGAGAUACUCUUCGGAAUACUUGAGACCUGAAUGGAUCCGUCAGCCCUUCGUUUUCGACGUGCCUCCCGAGCUCGACGACAAGAUGGAUCCCCCAGAUUAUCCCGAAGAAGACCACAAUUGCUUUGAUCGAACCUUGAUCGCCUACUGUGCAGGCUAUGGCGUCGACACAUCUCGAAUAUGCUACUCUGUCGACUAUCAUUGUGAAGAUGCCCCUUGCUUUCAACUGCUCCCACCGUCCGACCGAAAGACGUACACCGCACUCGAGCUGCUCGCUGUCUUCCGAGCGCUCCGAUACAAUGAAUCAUUCAGCUCCAUCUCAUUCGCACGCAUCGACCUGACCCCGCUCCGGAACCUUUAUGACCCCUAUGGAACUGACCAAGACAGCCUCUACUCUCGAUCAGGCCACUCCACCAACAUCGCUGGCCACCAAGAUCUUCCCGUCCUGUCGCAAGAGAUUCGUGGCCUAGCCCUGAAGAGCCGACGACUAAGGCGCUUUGAUUUCUCUUACUCGAUCCCCAGCAGGGCUACCGUCGACGAUUCGCCGGCUAUCGACUGUGGGAUUCCCGAGGCGCUGGCGCCUUUGUGCAAGCGGAGCUUGACUAACGUGGACUGGAUCAUUCUGACGGGGGUACGACUUGCCGAUUCUGACCUCAACUAUCUCGUUGACGCUGCUUCGGAACGAAUCUGCCAUUUCCGAGCUCUCGAGAUUGGAGAUUGUGGGCUAUCGAUCCACGACGUGGACGUCUUACUCUCGGCACUGGCUUGUCAAGACACCACUAUGGAAGUGAUCAACAUCUCAGGGGCCUUGGGACGAUUUAGCCCCGAGUUGUUCCAACGAGAGUUGGGAGCCUUCUCACGGAUACGCCGUCUCAACCUCACCCGGGUGCAAAAGACUGCAGGGCCGGAGCCUCUGAUUGCGCCCGACGCCCUUCAUGCCUGGAGGUUGGAGGAGCUUCAUCUCUCACAAACGACCUUGAACGAACAGACGGUGGAUUCGGUUUCGACAUAUCUUGGCUGCCCAAAGUCGGAGAUUCUGCGAGAUUUGCAGAUAAACCAAUGCGGGUUGACAGGCCGUGAUCUGGCGACCUUUUUUCUCUCCAUGAACGAGGACGGCGAGCCGGCAAGAGUGAUGCAUGUGAGUGCCAACGAGAAUCGACUCAAGAUCGGCAGCACGGCGCUGUUCCAGGCCAUCGGUCACAGCCGUGGGCCCACGUCGUUGAGUAUGCGCAUGAUGGACUUUGAGAAGGAGAGUCAUUUUCGUGAGUUGAUCCGAGCCUUGACCUCGAACACCAGUUUGAGAAGCCUGGAUAUCUCUCGUGCGUCGCUGCCGUACGACGCCUCGAUUGAAACUUGCGAAGCGCUCAAAGAGAUGUUUGCGACGAAUCAAACCCUGGAAGAGCUAGACAUCAGUGGCGAACAGGCACAUUUAGACGCGACUCGGUUUGGAAUCGGGCUCAACAUAGCAUUACGCGGGUUGGAGAACAACAAGACGCUGAGGCUUCUGCGCAUUGAGCAUCAGCUAUUGGGUUUGCAGGGAGCCAACACUUUGGCUGAAGUGCUUCGAAAGAAUAACGCACUAUUGGAGAUUCACUGUGAGCACAACGACAUCAAUCUGCAAAGCUUCACGGUGCUUGUCGAUGCCCUGGAACACAACACAACUCUCCUCUAUAUGCCGACUCUCAACCAUGACCGAGCCAAAUUCAUGGACAAGAUUCGACGGGAGCUCGAGGCAGUGGAUCGGGUGGAAAGUCCCAAGCCCAACAAAAGUGGCAACACGCUGAAGAAGACAUUUGGUGGAGGAUUGAGCAGUCGAUCGCAUCGACAUAGCCACAGUCACAGCAGCUCGAUCUCAUCCAACACGUCCUUCACCGACCAGGAUGUCACGGCGGUGAUUGCAACACUAGAAGAGAAAUGGAACGCACAAGAGACACGCAUGCAAAAGUAUCUUUAUCGAAACUACUGUCUGGCGCAAGGAGAGAUGUGGGAGGACGAUGGCACUGGCGAGCACGGUGACCCCAAGUCCAGCGCGGCUGGAGAUUCGAUGGCUCAAAUCCUGCAAAAGGUCAGACUCAACCGAACACCGACAGUUGAUAACCCGUCGAUUGCGGACUAUCUGGAUGAGAAACUCGGGAUUAAGAAGAGUCUUGUUUUCCCUAUGCCGGAGGAUUGAUGGCACAACAAAGAAAGCAUUUUCCAGUUGGAUCAUGGUUGUUUUUGGACGACAUGUUGGACUAAUAUCUCCUUUUUUAACGCAUGCUUGCAGGACAAGCCUGAAUUGUAUCUACCUAGACAUGAUUGGCAUGAUUGGUGCGAUCCUUGGUCUGAAACCGGUUGGGUGACAAGGUAUGACGAGGUUGCUGACGAUGCAUAUGGCGGUCUCUGGAUUAUGAGUUUAACGGUAUUUGAGUGCGGUUUGGAAACAUAAGCACGACAGACGGUAAACGGGAUGGGCAUUUUUAUUGACAAUUAGUCGGACAUGGUCGUAAAGUAAUAUUCUGACUUGCUGAGAUGAUGAGCUCUCUUGA